CGGCCUCCCAAGUCAUCAUUCCCCAUGCAUCGUCAACUCCGCGACAGCGACCUGGCGUUGAGAUAAACACCCAGCUCCGGUCCGACAGGGGUGUUGUCGGUCAACCGGUAACGGCACCGGCGGCGGUGGUGGCGGCGGCGGCAGCCGUGGGGAAGUAGCAGCGCCGGUUGGCUGGCCGGGCGGUCUAUGUGACUACCAUGGCCCGGCCCUUUCAUAUCGGGCUCACCGCGGCGAGUCACUCCCUCCCGCUCCUCGACUCGUCGACGCAAGGCCUCGCUUUUCUUAGGGAUCUCAUCAGCCGCUGGACCUCCGGGCUAGAUAUCACACACCUAGGCUCCCUCGCCGCGUGUGUAAGCGCGGCCCCUGCCGUAUGGCGGCUCCUGAGGAUGGCUUGGCACGAGGUGUAUGGUUGGGUGCGCCAGUUCUUCAUCUCCUCCGUCACCAUACCCGGCCGGGACCCUCUGAACCGCCAUGUAACCAAUUGGGUCCUGGCCAACGUCGUGCAGUACCAGAGCAUCCGUUCCUUCACCGCCCGCACACAGACCCAUCCCAGCGCCGUGAUCGACCGAGCCGCCCAGCUUAAGAAGACCCGCCGCGACGUCCAAUACUUACCGCACUUCGAGACGGCCUGGUUCUGGCACGGGGGGAGUCUGUUUAUCAUUAACCGGUCUCUCGAGAGCUUUCACGCAUCGAUGACCGACCCUACCUACGACGGCAUCGGCGGGGAGGAGCUCACCAUCGGGUGUCUCGGGCGCUCUACCGAGCCUAUCAAGAGGCUGAUCCAGAGCUGUCAGGAGUACGCGGACAGGCAAGCCCAGUACUUCGUCAUCAUCUAUGCGCGGGACCGCUAUGGCAUGUCCUGGCAGCCCAAGUCGCGCAAGCCGAUCCGUCGGUUGGAAACGGUCCACUUCGACGACAGGCUCAAGCACAAACUUCUCGCCGAUAUCAGAAAUUACCUCGACCCCAAGACUAGGAGGCUCUACCAGGGCCGCAGCAUGCCUUACCGCAGGGGCUACCUGUUCUACGGACCGCCAGGCACGGGGAAAUCCUCGCUCUCGACCGCCCUCGCGGGCGAAUUCGGCCUCGAUCUGUACGAAGUGAAGAUCCCCAGUGUAGCGACUGACCAGGACCUGGAGCAGAUGUUCCAGGAGAUACCGCCGCAGUGCAUCGUCCUCCUAGAGGACAUCGAUGCCGUCUGGAUGGACCGCGAGUCGGCGCUUCAGGAGCAGCACGGCGAAGCCAGGUCAAGCUGCACCCUCUCCGGCCUGCUCAACGUCCUAGAUGGCGUCGGGUCCCAGGAGGGUCGCAUCGUGAUUAUGACCACAAAUAUGCCGGAUCGCCUCGACCCGGCGCUGGUAAGACCGGGAAGAGUCGACAUGAAAAUUGCGCUCGGCAACAUCAGCCAGAGGUCAGCUGCGCAGAUGUUCCUCCGUAUGUUCACGCCAGAUAUCAUCGAAGCGCCCCUCUUGUUGUCCUUGGGAGAAGAGAGCGGCGACACGACCGAGAAGAAAGACGCGGACAUGGAACCCGAACAACUACGGAAGCUUGCUGCCGAGUUCGCGGCGCAAAUCCCAGAAAACACAUUCACGCCUUCGCAACUACAGGGUUUUUUCCAGCUGCACCUCGACAGCCCCCUCCAGGCGGCGUCGAGCAUUUCCACCUGGGUGGAAAGGGAGCUAUCCGGCCUCACGUCGGAUGACGACAUCGAAAUCGUCGGCAACGGACAUUCCCGGUGAGCCACACCUUGUCUUUGUACGAUAUAUAUAUACGGCGGAGAGAUAUAUCUGUAUUGUAUCAACUGUGCUCUUAGAUUGUACAUGCAUGCUACACAUAGACAGAUUAUAGGCGUUGGAGCAUCGGUAGACCUCGAUUGGCUACGUAAAAGGUUUUCAACAGCAUUUGCUUCCGGUUUACUAAAGCGUCGUUCGAUCCUGAGGACUUCUGGGAAAUUGAUCUCAUUUUACCGUCUCAUGUUUUCGCUGGGUUUCUUUGAAGACUCAAAUCAACAAAAGCAUGAAGCUAUAUAUAUAAACCUCCUUCCGCGAGGCAUAGAGACAGGUACUCACUAAAUACCACAGACAGGUAGACAUCUUAUUUUCUAUAGAGUUGAAAAAAAAUACCGAAAUUCGCCUAUAUUUCUCACUCGUCUCCGGCAAGACGAACAGAUCGACGUAGAGAUCGCAGGUGCUCGGCAAUGAACACACAACUAACUAUAGGUACAUGACCACUCCAUAUUCAACUCUCCCAUCCUCUG